AAAGGAAAAUUGGUUUUUGCAACAUUCAAGCAUCCACAAUCAUCCAUCCUCCAAUUGGUUUUCUUAUUUGAUUAUUGAAAAUUAUAAAAUAAUUUUGUUAAACUAAAUCCUGGAAACAAAUUAACCAGUGGACAAUGUGAAAGGGUCAUCGUAGACGUAAUUGAGUACUUUAAAUAAGAGAAAUAAAUACAAAUUCUCUUUAUGUGUAAAAAAAAAUAAUACCAGACAGACAAACGCAGUAGUAAUAACAAAGAAAGAAGAAAGUGCUGCUGCUUGGAUAUACACAAGUGUUUUUUUUCCUAUUUUGUCGGGGCGGUGGAGCAUUCAGUUCAUUUAGAGUUGAAUAUAAACAAAUAAUUGUGCGGUUAAAUUAUUGCCGAGACAAAACAUUAAUAACUCUCCUUCAUAAAAGAGGGGAGUAAAUUUAACGGUUUGGUUAAUAACAACAUUUCUCUUCGCUGUAACAUUUGUUGUAAUUACAAAAAAAGUAGUGUUUUUUUAUUUGUGCUGCUCUCCGCUCUGCUGGCAGAACUAAUGUUUUGAUUCUCUUUAACAAAAGCAACAACAACUAUUGGUAAUGCUGCCGCUCUUGUUUCGGUCGGGUAUUGUCUGUCAUUGCCAGUGGUUGAUGGUGUUCAGUUAAUGUUUGUUGGUGCUGCUCCAUUUAAACAGUUUUCGGUAUUGUUGGGGUUUGUUUUUGUCUGUCGUGAGUUCGUUCAUACGUCUCUGAGUACGGGGGAGCAAUCAUAACGUGGCCGAGUGUGUGUGUGCGUGUGUAUGAUUUUCAGAGUAUACUCUUUUUUUCGGCUGGGAAAAAAUAAUUUAUGUGGAUGUCAACGUGACAGUAUCCCGCCUUCAUUGUUUGCUGACGGUACAUAGAGCCGGUCGUUUUUUUUUUAUUCAAUAAGUCGGUUAGGCGUUUGUCAAAAAAAAAAAAUUGAAAAUAAAUAUUUGAAACUAAAAGAAAGUCCAAAGAGGUGAAAAGUGAAGUGCCCUGGUUUCUUUGUGCUGUCAGGUUCAGGUGAAAAAAAAAACGAAAAUUAAAUAGCGUGAAUUUUUGUGCUAACCAUGCAAAUUGUUAAUUUGCUAAAAAUAUAAAAAAUACAACAACAAGGAGAACGAAAAAAGAGUGCUAUAAUAAUUGUGUUUGUUCUUCUUAAUUUUUGUGCAUUGCCGCCUACCCAUCUUACCGGUAUUUUAAUUCGGCAAUUCUUGUGUGUGUGUUUUUUUAAGUCUGCUGCCGCUGCACUGCCUGCGCCGUUGUCUGUCAUUGUUGUUCUUUUUGGACGUUAACGUCAACAUCUGUACGAGGUGGUUUGUUUGUAUCUGCGCAUGGUGGGCUUUGUCUCGACAAACUGCCACUGUCAUUGCCUUCAUCAUCAUCAUCAAACAGCUGAGAAAAGAAGAAACACCUUCGAUUUAUUGACGUUUCAUUACGUUUUACGCCUGCGUUUGCAAAAAUCAACAACAAUAACAAAAUAAUUAAAAAAAAGAAAACCAAAAAAUAAAAUAACUUAAACAAGAACAUCCAAAGACCCCAGCCCUUUAUAAUGUAUCGCAUUGGUCCCAUUGGACGUAAAUCCAAUUUCCAUAAUCGUGAAAAAUGUCUCAUUGGCUUGGUAUUGGCCACCUUGUGUUUCCUUUGUUUUGGUGGCAUUUUCCUGCUGCCCGACAAUUUUGGUGGUGAUCGCGUGCUGCGCGUCUAUAAACAAUUUCAAAAAGCCGGUCCUGAAAUUUUUAUACCGGCACCACCCUUAGCUAAACAUGCCCCCAAAGACCAAGACCCACAUUUCAUGAAUGACCGCCAAAAGCUACAGGCCAAAAUUAAAGAGGAAUUGGGUGAAAUAAUGGAUAAACCACAACUGCAAAAAGACAAUGCUAUGGACAAUAGUGAAGAUGCGGGUGACGAUGCCGAUAACGGGUCACCCCAACAGUUUGAUGAUACCGCACCGGGUGGUGGUGGUGGCGGCGCCGGUGAUGAACAGGGUGCUGCCCCUCCCGUCAAUGGUCAGUCAAAGAAAAGCCGAAACAGCAAUAACAACAACAAUGACGACAUUGCUGCCGUUUUGGACAACAAUAAUCUGCCCUUGGGAAAUGUUAAUUUACAAAUGCCAUUGGGAGGUCAUGCCGAUGGCGAUGUCAGCGUUGAAGAGAAACGUCAAAAAGUUAAAGAGAUGAUGCAACAUGCCUGGGAAAAUUACAAACUUUACGCUUGGGGCAAAAACGAAUUACGCCCGCUAUCACAACGUGCCCACAUUGGUAGUAUAUUUGGUUCCCAGGAACUGGGUGCCACCAUAAUCGAUGGACUCGAUACCCUGUACAUAAUGGGCCUGGAGAAUGAGUACAAAGAGGGACGCGACUGGAUAGAGCGGAAAUUCUCUCUCGACAAUGUAACCGCCGAUCUGUCAGUAUUUGAAACGAAUAUUCGUUUUAUUGGGGGUCUACUAACCAUGUAUGCCUUUACCGGUGAUGCUUUGUACAAAGAUAAAGCUCAACAUGUUGCCGAUAAGCUAUUACCCGCAUUCCAAACCCCCACUGGUAUACCAUAUGGCUUGGUAAAUCCCAAAACAGGCAUGAGUAAAAACUACGGAUGGGCAUCGGGCGCCAGUUCGAUUCUCUCCGAAUUCGGUACAUUACAUUUGGAGUUUAGCUAUUUGAGCGAUAUUACCGGCAAUCCAUUGUACAAAGAACGCGUGCAGACCAUUCGACAGAUUUUGAAAGAUAUUGAAAAACCCAAAGGAUUAUAUCCCAACUUUUUGAAUCCAAAAACUGGAAAAUGGGGGCAAUUACACAUGUCUCUGGGUGCAUUGGGUGAUAGUUUCUAUGAGUAUCUGCUGAAAGCCUGGAUACAGUCUGGACAGACCGACGAAGAAGCCAGACAAAUGUUUGACGAGGCAAUGGUUGCCAUUAUUGAUAAAAUGGUGCGCACAAGUCCAAAUGGCUUGACGUAUGUAUCGGAUUUGAAGUUCGAUCGACUGGAACAUAAAAUGGAUCAUUUAGCCUGCUUUGCUGGUGGCCUUUUUGCCUUGGGUGCUAAUACAAGACAAAACGAACAUACCGAAAAAUUCAUGAAUAUUGGCAAAGGUAUUACGAAUACCUGCCACGAAAGUUAUAUUAGAACAACAACGCAUUUGGGGCCAGAGGCUUUCCGCUUUAGCGAAGCCGCCGAGGCCCGUGCCUUGAAAUCGAAUGAGAAAUACUAUAUUCUAAGACCAGAAACAGUGGAAAGCUAUUUUGUACUGUGGCGUUUGACACACGAUCAAAAGUAUCGUGAUUGGGGCUGGGAUGCUGUACAGGCUUUGGAACAACAUUGUCGCACUCCUCAUGGCUAUUCGGGUAUUAAGAAUGUCUAUCAGGAGGUACCGCAAAAAGACGAUGUACAACAGAGUUUCUUUUUGGCCGAAACACUUAAGUAUUUAUAUCUCUUGUUUUCGGAUGAUUCACUGAUACCCUUGGACGAAUGGGUAUUCAAUACCGAAGCUCAUCCAUUGCCCGUUAAGGGGGCAAAUAUUUAUUACCGACAAGCGGCCUCAACAUCAGCCGCAGCAACGAAUGCUUCCUAAAAUGCAAAUAUAGCCAAAUGGUGGGAUAUCGCCUUAGAUACAAAUCUAUUCCAUAUGCUGCUCGUAAUUGUUUUAAGUUUAUUUUUCUUUAUCUAUUAUCGCUGUUUUCGUUAAACCCAAAUCCCAAUAAUAUCGGGUAUAAUUUGCAAUAUGAAAAUUUAGGAGAAGCAUAAAACUAAUUUGGAAGAAAACAUUUGUUUGUGGUUUUUUAUAUUCUCUUAAAACGCCAUUUAAAGGACACAAUUUUAAUUUAGCUUCCUAUCACACUUUGACAUAAUUAU